AACAUCAUUGAUUAGCAAGUUUUUGAUUAGUUUAGCGUUACUAAUACAGUGGGAAAAAAGUGCUGCUGGAUGAGUACCGGAAACCGCAGUCUCCUUACGAAAUUCAAAGACAAAUUGUUUUUCUAUUUUUGGAACGAAAUUAGUUUCAUUAAACUUAACUUUUGGUAAGUCAUCAAUUAUGCCUCUUUUCACUAUUCCCGCGUAACCGAAUGCUUUCAUCAUUGUAGGUGAUAUACCAAAGCACCGUUAUUAUGCAAUAAUCGCAAUUGACUCAAAGAAUUAUAAGAUCUCUAUCUUUGGACUAUUUGGUAGAUAGUUGUUUGCCUUGGCUAAUUUGCAUCAACUCUUUAAUGCAUUCUUACAUGAGGCUAACCGCGAUCAGUAAAGUUAACGGUUAGUCGUUUCCGAUUUGUUUGUGUUAUUGUUGGUUACGUUUUUACAAGCACUAUCUUCAUUAUCUCCGUUGCAGAAUAAGGUAUUUUAGCUUUCCAUCGUCAACUCGUCCUCGAGUGGCCAUUGAAACUGCGCUCGUUCCUGGUGCUGGUGCGAUUUUUUGUUUCUUGUAAAAAUUACUCUUUUACCUGCGCAGGUGUGGUUAAACAAAACUAUAACAUUUAAAAACCUUCACGGGAAGCACGCACGGUCAAGGUUGAUUGUCCAUAUUUGUGUACGAAGCAGUUGGAAGCGCAACAAAAGCCUUUGUUAGCCAAGAAGAAAUGCAGACGAACGUUUCAUCUUUCUUAUUGAAAUGGUUACGAAAAAAGAUAAGUUUUUUUGUAAUAUAACUAGUAAUGAGCAAUGGAUGCAUGCUCUAGCGAACUAAAGGCUGGAUAUAAUGCGUCUUGCAAAUUGCGAAAACACAGUGAACAACGCAGUAAGGAGAUCCUUGUAGCCAUUGCCCUAAUGAGAUUCAUUACUUGCAUACGAUGUCGCAAAAUUUUAAUGUUUUUUGUGUGUAACCAUUGUAACAUGGCUUAUGACAGCUGAUAGAAGUACUAUAGAUAUGCAUGGAACGUAAAUUUUCUUUCGGUUUAUUAAGUAGAAACAGUUGGGAUACAAGGAAACUUGCGAGCAUUUGUAGUUGUCUGAUACCAGUUGGCAACAUGAUUCCUCGAAUAUGGAACACCAGUUUCGAGUUUUAUGAAGCAGCCUCGUUUUCUGUAUUAUUUUACAAGGUGAAUUUUUUUGAGUUUUAAUCAACUGGUGAUCGACCUUCCGACGUUCGCUUACCUUUUUAAACUGGGUUAGUCCCGAAAAGUGUAUUUUUUUAAGUCUUUUUAUGGUCAUUAUAGUUCUAUUGCCCUUUGGUUGAAAUCGGUGCUUAAUAUCUUUAAAAUAUGACUACCGUGUGUUGUUUUUUUCCGAACUGUUGCCGCUCACCAGGAAUUGAAAGACCGUCUAAGCGGAAUCACGACCGUCGACCUUGCUCCAAAUAAGAAACUGAAACCCCUUGAUCCAGUCCUUAGAUUUCAAUACGAGAACAAUUCCACAUUCGUGGUGUUGUUCGAUUUUCAAGAAAACGUGCCUUUCCUCCAAUUCGAUCACUGUGUUUGUCGCAGUUAGUUGAGUGUUAAGUUAGUUUUUUUGUUCUCCAGUUAUCACGGCUACGUAUUUUUCUCUUUUAUUAUUCACAGGUCUCGUUCCAGCAACUAUAGUUACGUUUAUCCAGUAAUACAAGAAAGCUCAAUUCCCUGAAAACAAUCUCAGUAGAUUCAAGCUGUUGCUUGAAUAACUCAAACACUUCUUAAGCAACCAGUUUUGAUUAGUAACAGUAUCAUAUACACUUGAAGUAAAGAAUUUAUCAACUGACAAACUGGUAAUUACUUAAACAUUAGUAUUUUAUUCAGUGUCCUGCAUACCUUGAGAAUAAGUUGUCGACCCUCGUUCAAUAGCGUCUUGAAUAUUGUUGCGCCCAACUAACCUCGGCUUCUGGUAAUACAGCCUCCAUUCUGCACUCAUUCAAUCUGCAUGGAAGGUCGCUCACGACUGUGACGAUGUCGAUUUACAUUCAACAUAUCGACUGAACAUUUCAAAGCUCGUCACGAAUUUCGUAUACAUCCUUCUGCGCAGAAGGCGCGGAAAGGCUUAGAGCAAUCAUGUCAGAACUGAUGUUUUACUCAUUUUCUGUUUUUUUGUUUGAGUCAUUAUGUCAAGGAUCACCACAAGUAAAAGAUAAAGCGGUGCUAUUAGUCCUCCACUUUUGCUAUUACAUCCAUCCUAAUGAGCCCCCUGCUGGAGGGUAGUUUGACCAAUUUCGAAUGUCUUACUAGACUCCGGCGCAUUAUACUAAUUGAACAAUCAUUUUUAAGAUUCUUCUGCUGUUGAGAUACUUUGGCGUCAUAGCCGCAAAGGUGACAAUAUAAGGAAACCACAAUCGGUAUAAGCCGAUAUAUGAUGGGAUAGACUACUCUAAUUGCUAUGGUGUGCUCUAUAUAUAUUCUAAGGGUAUUGUGGUCAUCUUAAUUCUCACGCAGACGGCGCUAAUCGUGAAUACAUGGGCAAUACUUGUGUUCCUAUUUUUAUUCGUAUUUUCAACAACCGUUGGCAGAUAAAAAAGCUAAGUAAUAAAAUAUGGACGUCUUCAUCAAGCUACGGCAUGUGCAAUGGUGAAUUAGAAUAGAAGCAUUGCAAAAUGUAUGUUUAUUGCGUCGUUAUGGAAUUCACCUCAGUUAUAACCCACGCGCAGUCCUUGUCAUGCCAUCACGACCGCCUAAUGAAUAUGCAUUCAAAAAUGAAAUCAAAGCAGCUAAAAGGGGAAUGAAUUUGAUUGCAAUUCAUUUCUACGAGGAUCAGCUAAUAUGAAAUAGGAAAAUGAUAUCGAAGUAAUGCAUUUCCUUCACUUGUUCAAUACCUAUGCAGUUCAGUGAAACAAAAGCAGCAGAAUGGGGACAUAAAGAGAUGUUUUGUGCAUAAUCGAAACGUCCAAAAUAAAAACAAACAAGCAAAACGAAAGGAAAACCUUCGUUCUCCACGCGGCUGAACUAGAAGGCUAUAUAGAUGAAGGUUAAGCUCAGCCGGCGAGACUUGUGUGUUUCUGUUGUUCGUGGAGCAAGUGGCUUUUUGCUUUUGUAUUUUUAAGGUGUUUCACACUACUUUUCUUUGCUGGCAACCGUUUUACUAGCUGUUGUUUCCUAUUUCCCUCUUUUUCACUUGCUGAUUUCCUUACAUCCUUUUACGAAGAGGUGGAGCCUGUCCAGCUAAAGUGAUGCUGCUUACACGGGUCCAUUUCAGCCAGUUGUUGUUUGAAUCUUCUUGAAGCAACAAGAUCCUUCUCACUUGUGGACUACAUCUCUUAUCCGUUUGUUGUUGCAAUAGCAAAGAACCUCGAAGAAGUGUUUAUUUCAACCAGUGUCUUCCACACAUUUCUUUUUUUUGUAAAAUUACACAAUGGGAUCAGUGAAACGGAUCAGCAACGACGUUGAAGCUACCGCAAAUGACAGGAGCGGAAGAAAAGUUAGUCGCCAGUGCGAACAUCCAUCUUUACCGCCGGAUGGUGGACUUCACGCCUGGUUCAUCGUGUUCGCAAGUUUCUUGACGAACGGCAUCGUUUUCGGCAUUCACAAUUGUUACGGCAUCAUCUACCUGCGACUAAAGACACACCUCGAACAGGCUGGAGUCAACGAAGCGGCCCUGAAAGCUUCGCUGGUGGGAUCUCUUUCAAUUGGUAUGACUUUCUUCGUUUCUCCCAUCGCCGGAAUUCUGAUCGACUCAAUCGGAUUGAGGCGGACGGCUGUUCUAGGUGGAGCCAUCGCUACCGUGGGCAUGUUGGCUUCCUCGUUUGCUCUAGCGCACGUAGAAGCAUUGUACCUAACCUACGGAGUACUAUUCGGCGCCGGAACAUCAUUGGCUUACAAUCCAUCAUUGGUGAUUUUGGGACAUUACUUUCAGAAACGUUUGGGAUUUGUCAGCGGUUUGGUGACAGCCGGCAGUUCAGUUUUCACCUUCACGUUGCCCUUCUUCCUCGAAUGGAUUUUGGGCUUGGGACUGGAGGCCACGCUUCAAAUUCUUGCGGGGAUGAUGGGUCUGUUAAUGAUCUGCGCUAUCACUUUCGUGCCGAGACUGACGCCAACAGAAAAUGAAGAAACAACUACAAAUGUGGAAGGAAGUGCUGGUUGUUCGAGACUGUGGAAAAAGUACAUUAAUUUCUCCAUCUGGAAAAAUAAAAAAUACGUCAUCUGGGCUAUUGCCAUCCCUAUUGCUAUGCUUGGAUAUUUCGUCCCUUACGUUCAUCUGGUCUCGUAUGUUAAAGACGUCCUACCAGAAGCAGAUGGCAAAGUUUUGGUGCUUUGCAUUGGCUUGUCGUCGGGUGUUGGCCGGUUGCUCUUUGGCAAAAUCGGCGACCUUCCUAAAGUCAACAGAGUAAUCCUGCAGCAGAUGGCCUUUUUCUCCAUCGGUGUCGUCACCAUGUUAUUGACACUUGCUAAUUCAUUCACCUGGUUCAUUGUUCUGUGCCUCUUCUUGGGCUUGUUUGAUGGCUGCUUGGUCGCUCUCGUCGGACCCAUAGCCUUUGACUUUUGCGGCCCGAAAAACGCCUCCCAGGCCAUAGGUUUCUUAUUAGGACUUCAUUCGGUACCAAUGACAACUGGCCCGACUGUCGCUGGAGCGAUGUACGGAACACUGAAAAGCUAUCGCCUUCCAUUUUUGCUGGCAGGAUGCCCGUUGAUCGUUUGCGCCAUUAUUAUGCUCUUGAUCCACAGAGUGAAAGACCAGCAAGUCGAUGACGACGAAUCCAUCGAGACUGCAAAUAAUUCCACUAAGCGUAAACCAAUGGAAAAUUCAGACGUCAAUGGCAAUGAGAGUAGCCGUGAAACAAUUUCCUACGCUGUGCGAGCCGUUCCAUCCGAGAGAGUUAAAGGUGAACACGCUGUUUCAGACCGUUCUUCCGGCAUAGUUGUUGAAAAAACUGCAAUACAGGGCUCUAAUCGGAAACCUGUCAGGGCCAUCUCAAGCAACUGGUCUCCGGCUGUCGGUAGGUAUCACGUUCCGCCCACAGCGUAUGGAACCACGGAGAGUAGCACCAACCCAGUUUUCCUAACUAGUUUCCAGAGAAACGCAUCUGCCAUAUUAUGGUGAACAACGGUCCAGAUACGAGUGUAGCUAUGUGAUGUAUGUAAGGUUGGUCUCUUAAAUGACGUUCAAAUGUGACGUCAAAGUGCAUCGGUUAAGGUACCUGGUCGGCUGUCCUACCCCUUCCUAUUGAAGUAUCUAUUGAAAAUGAAUUUUUAAAGAUAGCAUAUACUGGCGCGCAACGGUGCUAUAACCAACUGCGAUUUCCCUAUUAAGAAUAAAGUAUUUUCUCACCCUCGCCAACAAGCCAACCGCAACUAUUUUUGUAAAACUCUUCCUUUUCUUGAAGGCUCUUCACCUUGUGCUGUAUAUCAGCUGAAACCUAUUUGUUGUUCCAUUAUCAAUUAUGUGAUUGGGAUCUGUUAAUUAAGGUCACAUAUAGUAUACAGAAUGAGGCACGGAAUAAAACUAAAUGACAUCCUC